AUGGAAGUGAGCACCCAUACAACUUCGACACUGAGUCGAAGCAACAGUCGGACCAGCUCCAACUCGGAGCUCGAGAAGGAACUGAUCGAUCUCGACAUCAGCGGCGGCGCGAACAACAAAUCCAACACACUCAAGAAGCGCAUCUCGAGCAGUCGAACGCCGGCGAAGAAAGCGAAAAGAAUACGAUUUUUUCGUAAUGGGGACAAAUUCUAUCCCGGCAGCACGAUACCGGUGUCGGUGGAGCGUUACAGAUCGUUCGACAGUUUGACGGAAGAUUUGACGCGCCUGCUCGAGGAUAGCGUCACGCUGACCGGUGCGAUACGCGCCAUCUACACGCUUGAGGGCAAAAAGAUCGAAAAGGUGGACGAUCUGGAGGAUGGCAAAUGUUACGUGUGUUCCUGCAACAAUGAAGGCUUCAAGCGAAUAGACUAUAACGUAUCUAACACAAACACCAAGAAUCCCAACAGACUGUCUAGACUAAUACGCCCCCUAUCGCCAGUAAAGAACGGUGGCUCCAAUGGGUCAACGCCGCUGAAAGAGAUCGAUUCCGUGGUGCAUCCACGGAUCGUGACACUCAUCCGCAAUGGUGUGAAACCGCGAAAGAUCCUGCGAUUACUGCUAAACAAACGGAACAGCCCCACGUACGAGCACGUGCUGACCGCGAUCACGCAAUGCGUCAAGCUAGAUACCGGCUGCGUGCGGAAGGUGUUUACCGUGGCCGGGGUGCCGGUGCAGCGGUUAGCACAGUUCUUCGAGGAGGAUGACGUCUUCUUCGCGUACGGUAACGAGCGGGUCGGCAACAACGAUUUCGAGCUGGAGGCCGAGGAAAGCAAAGCGAUCGCUGCACACCGGAAAACGCUACGCAGCAGUACGACGCGCACGGGGCCAAAGCCCAAGAUGCCGGUCAAGAGCCACAACGAUACGUUCGUUUGCGUGGACGAGUCGGCACUGAACGGUGGCAUUCUGCCGGACUCGUUGCCGCUGGAGCUGCAGGCCAAAUAUACGCUCGGGUCCAUAGUUGGUGAUGGAAAUUUCGCCGUAGUACUGAAAUUGAAGGAUAAGCAGAACCACACAGAAUACGCCCUGAAAAUUAUCGACAAAUCAAAAUGCGCCGGCAAGGACCAUUAUCUAGCGGCCGAAAUCCGUGUGAUGAAGAAGCUAAACCAUCCGUACAUCAUACAGCUGGUGCACGAUAUCGAAACGAUGAAGAACAUGUAUCUAGUGCUGGAGCUGGUGCGCGGCGGCGAUCUGUUCGACGCCAUCACGCGUGUGACCCGCUUCUCGGAGAACCAAUCGAAGAUCAUGAUGAAACAUCUAGCCUCCGCGAUGGCGUACAUGCAUUCCCUCAGCAUUGUCCAUCGGGACAUUAAGCCGGAAAAUUUGCUGGUGGAGCUGGAUAGUGAUGGUAAUGUCGUGCUGCUGAAGCUCGGAGACUUUGGGCUCGCCUGCGAGGUAACCGAACCGUUGCUCUCGAUCUGCGGCACACCGACGUACGUUGCGCCCGAGAUUCUGAUGGAAUCCGGCUACGGUGUGAAGAUUGAUGUUUGGGCCGCUGGCAUUAUCCUCUACAUUCUGCUGUGCGGCUUCCCACCAUUCGUUUCGCCCGACAAUCAGCAGGAGCAGCUGUUCGAUGCGAUACUGAACGGGUACUUUGACUUCCCCGCUCCGUACUGGAACAACAUCGGCGACAGUGUGCGCGAUCUGAUCAUCAACAUGCUGCAGUCCGAUCCGGAGCUGCGGUUCUCCAGCGAGGACAUACUGGACCAUCCGUGGCUGACCAGCAACAUCGUGGACGAUACGCGCGAUCCUAAUGGUAUCGUUGUUGAAGAACAGUGUGGUGGCGGUCAGCUGGAGUCUUUGGUGGGCAUUCCCAUCACUACCCAGUAGAAGGGAGCGGAGAUUUAUACGCGUAACGCGAUCUAUGUGUUACGACCCCUUACAACCAGCGCGGAGUGUGACCGAUAUUUGACUUACAUUGGCGAGUUUUAUCGGCAGUGUGGUGGUGGUGGUGUGUUAGCGGUAGCAGCUUACUUUGUGGAUGGAUAUAAAGUCAAUCUCGUGUUGUGUCGUACUCUCCCGGACCUCAUCCAAAAUAUCUCACCGUACUGCUGGUGGGUAAAUUUUAAGCAAAAGUCGACGCCAAUCGAAAGCAAGGUUUGUGUCAAAUUUGUCGAAUGCUUUAUAUGCCAUGCUUUGAUAACAGCACCGCGCAUUAGAGCAGCCGUUUUGUUUUGCCAGUGAGCAGCUUAAUUGUUUGUCGGCAUGCUGAAAUAUUCACACCACCCCAAAAACGUUCGUUCGUUUGGUAUUAGUUAUGGCCCAAAUCUGCACCAUCACACAGCUUAGCGUAGUUAGUCAGGGGAAGUGAAUAAGUUUUCUCCCAUCAUUGGCACGUAUGCGUAAUUUUUACCGGUAGGAUAAAACCAAGUCAUCAUAAGGCGGACAAUUGUUAUUUAGCAAGCUUAAUUUGUAUAGAAAAAAACACACACAUUACGUAGAAUUAUGAGACUAUUAUUACCAAUUACGAUCGUACACACACACACACACACGACGGCAUGUUAGUAAUGCAUAUUUAUUUAUCUUUCUUAGCAUAAUCUUAGUUGUGCAAAAGGUGUAAUGAAAUUAUGACGAUAAAAAAAAAAACCUGGGGGCACGAAACUGCACGAACACAAACAUUGCAAAGCAAAACAAAAUGUUACUCAUCUUCAGUCAUCGUCACAAAUUGUGGUAAUAUGUGUGUUUAAGCGAUGGAGUUUGAUAUUUUAGUUAAUGGCUAGUUUUUGGUAUCAUUUAAAAUAGGCACGUUUGCGGUUUUUUUCUUCAUUUCGUUGUUAAAUGCCUGACUGGAAUGACUCGGUUAUUGCUUGUCCCCUUUCCUUGUAAUAAAAAAGAAGGAGAAUCAUUGAAAAUUCGGCAUUAUGUUAUGAUCGGUAGAUAAAUCAAAUCCCUCUUUUCUUCUGUUACAAAAAUGACGCAAAAUUCAAAUUUCAUUUUCUCACAUUUUAAUGAAUGCUUCACACAUUUUCUUUUCGUAACAUUUAACGCACACCUCAUUGUGUAGUGGUAAAGAUCUCAAAAUGAUUUUUUUUGCAUUACCAUUUUCAUGUAAUUCUUUUUACCGCCGCGACCCUGCUCGAUUGUAGCUGCGCAAUUUUACGUUUUUAUUAUAACAACAAACCCUGUACGUUAAACAACUAAUAAUCAUUCCACUUCUUUCAACCGUUGCAGCAUUUCCGUAAAGAGUUCUUAACGAUAGUCUGUAAACUUGUAAACCUCAUAGUACUCACUACAAACACAUACACACAAAAACACCCUUUUUACAAAGUAAGAAAAUUGCAUUAAAAGGCAAAGAAACAGGAGCCGUUUAGAGUGCAGUUUAGGCAGUAGUGCAUCGGAUAAUGAAACAAUAUUGUUUGAUAAUCAUAUCAUCUAAACGUUCUUAUAAAAAAGGCAAGCCACUGUCUCUCAGUAAAGGAAAGUUUCGGUUUUAGUGCUGUAACAAAGCAACAAUUUACAAUCAUUCAGGAACGAUGGUUUUGCACUGAUUCAUUGUAGUGUUAUUUUCAACCUAAAAAAA